AUUGUUAAACUAAUCUUUUUUUUUUGACAAAAUGCAUUCUAUUUAAAAUAUAACAAAAAAGUAAAGCCAUAGAGCUUGAGAAAGUUUUGAGAGCAAUGCAUUGUUAAACUAACCGCCAGUUUAAUGAUUGCAACUUCUUCGAUUCUUUCUUUCAAACCAUGCGUGUAUAUGAUUCAUUUUGUUUCAACAAUUUUUUUUUGUGAGAAAAACAAAUAGUAUUUUAUAAUUAGUUAAUAGAGAAAAGGAAAAAAUUGUUUAACUCAUCUAACAAAAAAAACAUAGAAAUGAACAAAAAAAUGGCGAAAUCAUUUUAACAGUAAUAAAAAGGUGAGGAAACAACCAAACUUAUGGUGUCUACGAAAUAAAUAUUAGUCCCACCCUUUACAACAACAUUAUACCUUUUUUUUUGUUAAAGCAUUUAUAUUUAAUUUUGAUAUAUACUUCCACCGCUAUAGCUUAAAUUUGCCAGCAUGUAAUUUUUUUCAGCAUGAACAACUGUCCUGUUACGGAUAUACAUGAAAUAAAAAAACCUUUAAUAAAAUAUCAAUUAUGACCACUUUAUUUGACAAUACCACAGAUCAAAUCUAAACAAUGAACGUGGAUUUCAAUGUUGAGUACACAAACAUAGUGAAUGAAAUGUAAAGUAAAAUAUAGUAUAGUAGCUUAAGCAAUAACAAACUCAAUACCAACCUAUAGAAAGAAAAUAAGAGUACCAAACACUAAAACAACACACACAUAUGACUUACAAUUUCUUCACCAAGCAUCAUAAUUUUUGUCUAACGUUGAUAUUUAUCUAUACGGUAUACUAAUAUGAAAAAUAUACCAUGAUUCUUUUAUUAAAAUGGAAGUAAAAAAAUUAAUAUUUGCAUAGUUUGGAUGAACUAGGAAAAAUACAAUAACCAGACAAAAAUACAUUGUUCAUAACUUAAAGUAAAAGAAACAAAUAAAAUUAGUUUUUCCAUUAUUUGUUCGUUUAUUAUAUCAUUUUCAAUCUACACUGAUUUUUAAGAGUUAAAUAAAUUAAUAUAUAUAUUUAUAAAAUAAUUUUUAAUAUAACUUCCCGUCCGUAAGGCGGACCAAACUCCUAGUUCAUAAGAAACUAUAGAUUUAAAAUCCCUAAUGUUAAUAUUCAUAAUAAAAUAAUAAAUUUACAAGCAGUUACAUAGAAAAACUCAACUAUCACGUUUAGAGUCCUCACAAGUUUUGGAUGCAAAGAAAACUAACAUUUAUUGAUACAAUAAGUAAAAUUAAUAUAGAUGCCAAAAAAGAGUGAAAUUAAGAUAGAUGCCAAAAAAAUGAGUGAAAUAACAUUUAUUGUAUAUGAAUACACAAAGUGAUUAGGUGGGCUGUAGAUAUUUUUUAGCUUUAACUAUUAGACUAAGGGUAUGACUGGUUUUCCCGCUACUACCUGCAAACUCAGAUUUUAUGACUGGUAGUGGUUGUUAGCGUUUUUCAACAAUCACCCAAACUGCUUAAAGCCGAUUCAAACCGCUCAAAACCUCUUAAAUUCAAAAGCUGGUUUCAGAUAGCAUUUGCGGUAGCAGGUGGAUGCAGGAGGGUAAUUUUUUUAACAAUAUAAAUAUAAACAUAAAAAUAUUCAAAAAAAUUUUAAAUUGGAAUUAUAAAAAUUAAUUAAUAUUAUAAAUUUUUAACAUAAAAUAUUUUCUAUGAUUUAAAAAAUUUAAAACUAUAACUUUCUAAAUAUAAUUUUUAUAUUUAUUAUAAUAUUAUGAUUUUUGAUAUGUUUAUAAUUAUAUAAAAUGUAUAUAUUGUUAAUUUAUUAUUAACCGAUGUUGUAUUAUGUAGUUAAUCAUCAUAAGUAUCCCGCAAAUGCACCAAUUUCUAACCGCAGUACCAGUCGUACAAAUUUUUUAAAACUGCUAGAAACCGCAAACUCCCGCAAGCGCAACCGCAUUUGCUGCGUUUGAACCAUUCAGACCCUGUGUACAGUUAUAACAUUCAACAUCUUUUUAUAUCUUAACAUUCUACAUUGUCUUCUCUUUCUCUCACAUUAUUAUUCAACAUACAUUUAACUUUUAUACUCCACUUAGAAAAUAAAAAUAUCAAAAAUAAAUUAUUUAAUUAAUAAUCAGGUUACUGAUUUCAAAUAAUUAUGAAAAAAAUGAAAAUAUCAAAAACAUUUAGAAAAUAACAUGUGUCUGGUUGAAUUUUUCAACUCCAUUUUAUCCAAGUAUGCAUUUAAAAAAAUUCAGCUAUCUUUUACAAUGGUUUCGAUUGUUGAAUAAGAGUUUCAACUGCUCCAUUGUAUAUCAAUAAUCUUUAAAAUUGUCAAUUAUGAUAUAAGUUAAUUUAAAAAAAUUGCAACCAUAAAAAUAAAAUUUGGUUAUAAAGUCCCAACUUACUAAAAUAAUAUUUUAUUAUACAGCUAUAACAGUUACAUCUCUAACAAUGUUAUACGAACAAAAUUGUACUUUGUGCUGCACAAAAUUUUAAACUACAUUUCAGCCAAUCAUCACAUACCCCCUUCCUCUUUUUUUCAUACCUCCUUCAAAACCCCCUAAACUAUUUCUUUUAUUUAAUUCCACAAUUUGGCUUAUUUUUGGUAGUUGUGAUUUCCUAAUAAAAACGUGUUCAAAAUUACGUUAACCUAAUAAAAAUCCAAUUGUUAACCCGACAUUGACCCGGAAAACAAAACAGAUCACAUAGUCGUUUAUGAAAAUCACGUUAACCCUAAUAAAAUCGGGCUGGGAGGGUUUGGUCGUGGCUUUACGAUUCAUGGGUAAGUUGAGAAGUGUUGGCAGACGUUGAAUGGAGUUAUAGAUUAGUCAUCAUCCAUCUCAUUGCACUUAUCUUUCAAAAUUGUUGUGUCACCAACAAUUAUCUUUCUAAAUUAUUUUGUCCCCAGUUUUUAUAAUUUCUUUUUUUUGAAACUCUAUUUUUAUAAUUCUUCUCCUAUAUAUUAUAUGGAAAAUUUGAACGCAUAACAAUAGCAAUAGACGAAACUAAGAUUCUAACCAUAUUAUAUGUUAGGCUACGAUAUAGAAACCAUAUUUAUGUAUAAUGACAAUAAUGCUCUAUCCUACACGUGAGCAAGCGUGGGCCCACCACUUCUUCCAUUUUUAUUUAUCCAGAAAACUGAACAGUUUCCAUUUGCUUUCUAACUCUAACAAAUUCCAUUUGCUUUCUAACUCUAACAAAGCAACAAAGAAUAAAUAUUUGGAGAGAGUCAACCUUUGGCAGAAUUGCGGUGGCAUUUCUGGUACAAAAGGUGGUGGUAAGUGGCGUACGCAUGCCGAUUUCAGACGGGAAAGCGAAGGCAUCAAGGGAGAUCUGCGCGAACGGGGUCAUCGACCAAAGCUUUGUAAGACAGCAUUGAACUCUUGUCUUGGUUCCUCCGCGACGAUGGAGUAGUGAAGCCUUGCCUUUGGCGAUGGAGUAGCUUUGCCUCUGGUGAUGGAGACUGAAUCUUCGUCUAUUGCGGUGGAGAACAAAGCCGGCUAUUGUCCCUCAUGUUAUAUGGUGGGUGAUUAUCAUUCACUUUGCUUAUUUUUUCUAAAUUAUAAAUGUAGUUACCAAGAAUGAAGGUUUGGUUACAAAGUGAAUUGUAUCCACAAACUUGAUCUUAUUGUGUUAUUAACUUCAAUAUUUCUCUUGAUAGAAGCUUGGACUUAAUCCAUUUAUCUCUUAAGAGUUUCUUUAUAACUUUUUGCUCUUAAAUGUCAUUCACUUUGCUUAAUCAUGCAAUUUUGUGAAAAAAUGAGUUUUGUAUGAAUGUUUGUUGAUUAUUGUAUGAAUAGUGAGAAUGAAAAAUAUUGAGAACAAGAAGAAAAAGAAAACGAGAAUGGAGUUGGCAAUAGGGAAGAGAAUGGAGAUGACAAAACAGAAGUCGUGAAUAGUAAAUAGGAGAAUAGCGAUGAUGUGGAUCGUUACUAACAUGAGAUUGAGCAAUCUGUUGCUGAGUUUGUUGAUGAGGAGUUCAUUGGACACAAGACAAACCCUGGAAGUUCAGAUGAAGAAGAAGAUGUGUUUGUUGCAAGAUAGGAUAAUUAAGGGAAAUAAAUAUGAAGGCAAGCUAGCUUUUUUUUCGGAACACAACUUUUUCAUUAAGUUCAAAUUGCUUGAUUACAAAUGAUAGAGGGAAAUAUCCAUCUUUUUUUAUUGAAAGCAUAAACUAUAAUAUCAUAAAACAAAAAGAAUAGGUCUUCAAAAAAAGAAUAUGACAGUGAACUCAAGAUGGUGCUUGAAUGCGUCAGUAUAGCCUUCACAACAUGGUUGGACAGGAGAGAGAUAGUCACCUUAAAUUGUGACGUUGGUAUCCAAUCCGCACUUCGGAAACUCAUAAACGAAUCCUGCUGCAUCUUCAGUCCCCGAACAAACCGCCCCACAAGAUAGCAAGAAGGUUAUAGAUAUGGACAAACACCUCCACAAGAUUGGAGGGAGAACACUCCUUAAAUAGGAAGAAAUGGAUGAUAAUGAUGGUCCUGAUGAACCCACAGGUAAAUGAAAAGAUAGGCUACUUUUCCAGAGGAUUCUGUGAGUACAAAUUUGUUUCAGUAAAAAACUUGUUGAUCCCACCAAAAAUUUUCAGCAUAGUCAAAGAGGCUACACUGUGAAACCCUAGGCCUAUGAAACUGGCACAUUAGCUUUUGUGGGCUUUCUUGACUCAGAUCCAGGUCAAUGAGGCUCAGCCCAGUGAGACCCUUCCGGUUUCAUCGACAGUAGUCAAAUGCGGCGAAGGUGAAAACGCGGCGUAGAGGAAGGGAUCCGAUGGUUGAACUGCAACGAACAGGGGCCAAACUCUGAUCUGAAGAAAACGAGUUGCAGGAAGGCGGAGCGGCAGUAAACCUGAGAGAACCUUGGUUCAGUUGAGAGGUGAGCUGACAGACGAUGGUCUGGGCUCUGAGGAAAGAAGCGGUGAGACAAUCUAGCCUCGGAAGAAGGCGUACCACUAUGGUACUUGUGUCUGGUGCCAGAGAAAAUCCAAUACCAGAUUAAGGACUUUGGAAAUUAGUUGCGUCAAGGAAUCAAUGCCAACGAGGAAUACUACUAGCAUUGAAAAUGGCUUAAGGAGUAUGCAAACCAAUUUGCUCAUCUCACAGGCUAUGUGAAAGAGGUUGAGAGGAAAACCCAGGGUAGCAGCGACGUAAAUUCGUUGUUACACUUACUACGAAUUAAUUAACGAACUAGGAAUUAAAAAAAUAGACUACCCUUUCUCUAUAGUAUAUGUUUCGCUCGAAUGCGGAUAUACUCUGUCGACCAUUAUUAUAUAUUUUUUACUAAUUAAAAACUGUAUAAAUUAUUAUUUAUGUCUUUUUAACCAAUUAUUAUUUAUGUUUUCAUUUGAAAAUUCUUAAUAAUCUGUCGACCAUUAUUAAUAGAUAAAUCUUAAAAAAUAAUACAAUAUUUCUUUUCAGUUAUACAAAAUUAAGAAUUUUACUUUAUUAUUAUUUAGUAAUGAGUUUUCUGUUUUUCAAAUUUCAAUUUUUUUGUUAAAAGAUAUUUUCAUAUAACAAUACAACUAGAUUUUGACUCGCGCUUUAAAAGCGCGGGAUUAUUCUCGUUUCAAUUCUGUUUUUUUUUUUUUUUUUUUAGUUCAAUUUUUGGUUUCAUUUUUUUAAUCCAAAAUAUAGGAAUCGUUCGCUUAUUUAUGUAUUUGAAUUUGGUUUCAGUUUGAUUGUUUUGGUUAGGGUUGGGAAAAAAAACUUGAAUCUGAAGAACCAAACCGAAUCCAGUCUGAAAAAAAUAGUACCAAACCAAAAUUGGUUAAAUAUCCUAAUAGGUUCAAAAAUUUUGUAAUUAGAGAACCGAAACCGAUCCAAACCGAAAUAUUUCAAGUACUCAAAAGUAUCCAAAAUAAAUUUAUAUACUUCAGUAUAAUAAUUAACUUUAGAUUUAAAAUAUAAAAAAUAUCCAAAAUAUAUAUGAUAUUUGAAAAUUUUCAAAAGUAAAUGUCUAAAAUAGCUAAACAAUACUCAAAACACCAAAAAUAUUUGAAAUAUCUAUCGAUUAUUUAUCUAAAUAUUCAUCUCAAACCAAUUUAUAUGUUAAUUUUAGAUAUUUUGGCAUACAUUAUUGAAAUUUAUGUAAUAUAUUAUUUUUAUUUUUAGAUUUUGAGAAAUUUAAAGUAUAUAUGAAUUUUUAGUUUUUAAAAAUAAUUUAAACGGUUUAUCUAAACCCGAACCAAAUCCACAAAAAUCUAAAAUAUUCGAACUGAAAUUUAUAAAUUAACUGAAAUCUAUAAUUCUGAAAAUCCGAAACCGGAAUAGACAUCGGAUCAAACUUGAAUGCGUACCCGAACGCCAUCUCUAAUUCUUGUUUUUUUUGCUUGGUUAGAAUAAUGAUGCGAAGAAUAUUCGGUAGAAUAAUAAACAGAUUUAGUUAGUUAAUGUAUAUAGCAUCUUAAGAUUCUUAACAAAUCGGACAUGGCAACAAUGUGUAUCUAAGAUUAAACUUUCCUUUUUUAUUUGUUUAUUUUAUUCAAGAAAACUCUAGGUGGAUAACAUUAACAUUGUAAUUAUAAAGGAAAAUUAUAGACAUGGAAGAGGUCAUUGUUAUACAAUUGAUGUAUUAUAAAAUUUUGUUUAGAUAAUUUUAAAUAAUUAAUAAAUAUAUUCUGAAAUUUGAUAGAAUUCAAAAUUAUCAGUGUCAAUAAUAAUAAAAAAACUUGAUAGACAUAUAUGAAAUAUCCUAAUUAAUACUAAAAUUUUGGUUUGAUUUUCAAAACAUAAACAUGGAAGAGAGAUACUUGGAUCUUCAUUGUUAUACAAUUGAUGUAUUAUAAAUUUUGCUUUAAUGAUUUUAUAUACUAACGCCACAUAAACAUGGAAUAAAUAUAUAUUUAAUUUUCAUUCAGUUAUUUAUCUAAGAUUCUAUGUCUUCCACGGUUUUUUGGUCAACGUUAAUUAGAUUGGUUUUGUGAUAAUAUUAAUUGUCCAUAAAUAAAGAGAAAACACACUUUAAUGAAAACUCCUUAAAUACAUUUAUUGAAAUUAAAAGUAGAUGAUGACAUGUUAUUGUAAAUAAGUUGUAGGGAUUAUGCUUUAAUAGUAUAGAUAAAUAAGAAUAAUAUUUUUUAAAAAUAUUUUAUUUUGGAUAAUUCGUCAUAUUAUUAAUUUUAAUCACUUAUCUAAACAAAAUAAUUUAAUUUUUUUUUUAUUUUGUAAGUAAUUUAUAUGUUUUAUUCGUAAAAUGUAUAAAUGAUAUUAACCCUUAUAAUAUUCAACGUGAGAGUUUAAAUGCGGAAAUCUUUUUAUUUGAAAAUAUAUUUUUGAUUUUGGAUCGUUCUUAUUAUUAAUAAUUUUAGUCACUUAUUUAAUUAAAAUAAUUAAAAUUCAUUUUUAUUUUGUAAAUAAUUUAUAUAUUUUAUUUAUUAAGGGAAUAAACAAUAUUAAUCAUUCUAACUUUUAAUCUGAGAACAUACGAAAAAAUCAUUUUGUAAUGAAUAGUAUAAUAAAUAGCAAGUUGUCAAACUAAUCGAGACCUUUUUUUAUGGGGAAAGUGGGUCUUGAAAAGGUAAUGAAUCAAUUUCAAUAUCCGACUAAUAGGGACUAACAAGUCUAAAACCUUGCAAGUUGCAUGUCAAUGACAAUCACCAAUAAAUCAUAAACUUAAUUGCAACCUCACGUUAUAGAACCGGAAUCUAGAAAGGGGAAAAAAUGGAAAUAGCUUCCUUGUUUUUUAGUAAGAAUAUAAAAAGGAAAAUCCAUACAACUACACGAGCUAAUUUUUAUUUGCUAAUAAAAUACACUAACUAUUUUGGAUCUAUGUUUAAUACAUGAACUAAUUUACGUUGUCUAAUAAAUACAUAAAUUUUUGAAAUUCGUAGAUUUUAUACAUCGAUUUAGACUAUGUCAGUUAUGUUUAACAGAAGUAACGACAACGUUAGUGUUUAAUUAUACACGUGGUCAAAUUGUGAAAAAAAAAUUCCUUGAAAAUACAAGAAUUAAUUUUCAUUUGCUAAUAAAAUACACAAACUAUUUUGGAUCCAUGUUUACUAAACAAACUAAAUUUUGUCUCUCAUUAAACACACAAACUUUUGAAAUUAACCUUGAUUGACUAAUAAUCAAUGCAAUCAAAGCGAAAAAUAAAAAUCAGAAACACAUAACACUAAACUCGUUUAAAAUUAUUUAGUUUCUUUUUUCCUUUUUCACGACAUGGAAAUCGGCGAUAUAAAGAGAAAUCAAAGCGAAGAAGAAGGAAAACGAAAAAUCUGUAACGCCGUCAAUUAAACACUUACGCCGUCACCACCAUAUUCUGUUAAACAUGUCGUUUAAAUAGAUGUAUAAAAUCUGUAAAUUUCAAAAAUGUGUGUAUUAAAAGGAAAACGAAACUUAAUUCGUGUAUUAAACAGGGUUCCAAAAUAGUUAAUGUAUUUUAUUAGCUGUGUGCAAUUAAACACUAACGCCGUCAAUUAAACACUAACGCCGUCACCACUUCCAUUAAACAUAGUUGACGCCAUCAAAAGCGAUGUGUAAAACCUGCGAAUUUCAAGAAUUUGUAUAUUUAAUUGGCAGUAAAAAUUAAUUCGUGUAUUUUUUUUUUUUUUUUUUUUUUGACGUCAAACGGCCAUUCUAAUUCGUGUAUUGAACUGGAUCCAAAAUAGUUUAUGUAUUUUAUUAGCAAAUAAAAAUUAGGUAGUGUAUUUUAAAGGAAUUUUCCCAAAAUAAAAUUAUUAGAGGACCAAAUCUUUUUGUUUCCCCUAGCCCCAAGGCCUUAAAGAUAUAACAGCCGGCGUGAAGACAAUUCAAUAUUUUGCAGUCUUUUUUGCUUAUGUUCGUGCUUGGAGUUUGCCAAGAUAUGGACAAAAUCAGUCAGCUGCCUGAUGAAUUUCUCUGGAUGUGGCUGCCUAUUGUUUCUUCCAACUAAAGUUGCUGUAAGCACAAGUAUUUUAUCCAAUUCCAAGCGAUGGGAGUUUCUCUGGAUGUGGCUGCCUAAACUUGAGUACGAUCACUCAAUGGAUGAACGCAAGAGUUUAAGUCGAUUUAUUAAUCUGAAUAUGCCAUUACAUAGAGCCCCGGUCAUAGAGAGCUUGCGUCUCAAUUUUAGUCAUGGAUACACGGGAUCAGUUACACCUGAAGAUGUCAGACAGUGGGUAGCUCUUGCAGUAACUCGCUUCCUUCGCGAGUUGAGUCUUGACCUUACUUCUGAAGACAAUCCUACUAAACUGCCGAGUAGUUUGUAUACUUGCAAAUCGCUCGUGAUCUUGGAACUGAAAGGGAGUAAUCUCGUUGAUGUUCAUCGGACGUCUUGUCUCCCUUCCCUGAAAACUUUGCUUCUUCAAGGUGUGCUUUACGCAGAUCAAAAAUCUCUUCACAAACUUCUUUCCAGUUGCCCUGUUCUUGAGGACCUAUUUGUGGAACAAUAUGGGUGUGAAAGUGAGCAUUUUUUAGAAGCAGUGAGUGUAAUUGUGCCGUCCCUGCAGAGACUAACCCUAAAGCUAUGUAGAGGAUAUUUUUUUCACCGGCUUGUGAUAAACACUCCAUCUUUGAAGUAUUUCAAAAUUGAGGAUUAUACUUAUGAGCAUACUAAUGGUAUUGAUGAUGAUGAUUACUCCUUCUAUUCUGAUGAUAUGCCUAAGUUGGAGGAGAUGGAAGUCCAUUCGACAUACCUUGACAUACAGAACUUUGUUAGUUUAAUCACACAUGUCAAGCGGCUUUCAUUAUGCCUACCAGACCAAGCCGAAAAUGUAACAUGUUUCAACAAUCCAUAUGUCGAUCUCAUUAAGAACAUCCUCCUUAUUCUUUUUUUUUAAUCGUGUGCAGGCUUUAUAUCGUGAGGGUAUUGUCCUCAGCCAGCUUCGUCGUCUGAAGCUAUGUUCAUGUACUAUAAAUUGGUCAAAAUUACUUGUUCGUUUACUCAAGGAUUCUCCUAAUUUACAAGAGCUUGAGAUCCAUCUAGAUGGUGUAAGUUUCUUCGAAACAUAUCUAUUAUCUAUACUAUGUUGGCAUUUAACGUACGUGUAAGCCAGACUGUCUGUCUCUUUUUAUCUCAGGAUCAUACAAAUAUUUGUGAGGAUCCACCGGUUUGCUGGGAGAAUGAACUGGCCUGUGUUCCAGAUUGUCUGUUGUCGAGUCUCCAAACUUUCAAGUGGACACGGAUAUAUGGGUCCCCAAAAGAGGUAGAUCUGGUUAAAUAUGUGUUGAGAAAUGCUCGCUGCUUAAAGACUGCGACAAUCUUGUUUCGAUCAAUAUCGUAUAGUGCACUGGAAGAGGAUGAGCUUGAAAUGGUUAUACAAGAUUUAUCACUUUCUUCUCGAGGUUCAAAAGAUGCCAAACUCGUAUUUGUUUGAGUAGCUGAAUCAUUUGAUAUGAUGCUUUAGUUUAUAUAAUAAGAUUCAGACUUGCAUUUAUAUAGUGUAUUGACGGGUUCUUUUUUCCCGAAUUGGAUUUAUAGUGUUUAUGGUUUUAUUGGUUUAUAUGCAAAUCUGGAGGUUUUCCCUCGGAUUUGAAUCUUUGUAUUUUUAACAAAAAAAUCUAAAAAAAUUCAUUCAAAUCCAUUAUAAAAUCAAAUAUAUUAUUAAAUCCGUACGAUUGAAUAACACUUGAUUUGAUAUAGAAUUUAUGAAUCAUUAAACCAAUAACAUAUGAUUUUAAUACAGAUUUUAAAAUCAUAGAACUAAUAACACUAGAUUUAGUUUAGAUUUUCAAAUCCAUUAAAAUACAACAACCAAUAACCCUUACUAAGAUGAAGAGUUUCAUGGAUUUGAUUGGAGAAGUUUAGAGAGUUAUGUAGGAUUGGAGAAACCGUAGGUUGCAGACGAAGUUGAAGGAGUGACGACUUCCAGACUUUUUUGGGUCAGUUUAUUAAGAUAGGCUUAGGCUUUAUAUCAAAUUAGAGUUUAAGUAAUAGGUCCAUAAAUCAACCAGACCCGAACACGUGAAUAUAAACAACUUGAAUAAUUAUGCGGGUCCCACAUAAAUAAGCAAAACUGAUGAUGUGGAUAGGCUUAGGAGAGACUCUCUCAUUAUAAUAUAGAUUUCUGAUAUUUAACUCUUGUUCAAGUUAUAAUUUAUCAACUAGAUUUUGACCCGCGCUUAGAAAGCGCGGGUUUGUUUUCGAAAUUAAAUAUAAAUUUUUGAUGAAUUUCUAUAUAAGGUAUAAGUUUAAGUACAUUUAUUCGAAAUCUCAAAUCGAAUUGUAUCAAACUGAAAAAAAAAACUGAGCAGGUCAUAUAUCUUUAGAACCCAAAAUUAAAAUCAAACCAAAAACUGAAUGGAUACCGGAAUAUUUAAAGUACAAAUUAUAUAUUCACAAAUAUUAAUGAUGAUGACUAAUAGUGCAUCAAUACCAUUUAAAUUGUGAGAAGAAAUUACUUUUAAAAAAAAAAAAUUAUUGAACUCUUUUUAGUGGAGUACAUAUGUGAUUUAUAAACGAAUUAAGAUAUAAGAAAUGUUUUUAUAUCCGAUCCUGAUCUGUGAUCGAACUGGUAAAUAUAGUGGUCGUAUAUAAUCCGGACUGGUUUAUGUUUUUCAUGUAGCAUUCUGUCAGAUUUUUUACAAACUCAUAUGUUUCCACAAAAUUUGUAUUCAAUGAAAACUUAUUAGUUAAAAUCCAAUAAAACCAAAAAAUUCGCCAUUAAUCCGUGGACCGACACCGAUUAACCCGGUAAAACCAUAAUUUUAAUACUUUUUAAACAUUUCAUAUACUUUACAAUACUACAAAAAACUGAAUAAACUAUUUUAUUUGUCAUAUAAAUAAAUUUAUUGUAUUUAUGUUAUGCAUUUUAAUUUAUAAUUUUUGUAUUGAUCAAUACUAUUACAAUUUAAAUGUAUAUUGUUUAUUUAUUUUGUUUAGAAGCAUACAAUGGGUUUACACCUAUUAAUAAAAUUAAAAUUAAGAUUGAUACAAUGAGAAAUUUUUAAUAGAUCAUGAAUGCAAAAAAUUAAAUUAAUUAAUGGGUAUGUAUAGUCUUUAUCCCAAAACCCAAAAUACCAAAUUUUCAUCAAUGAGAAUUAAUUUUUUUUUGUAAUUUUAAGAACAUUUUGUAAAAUAGUCAUUUUCAUUAAAAGAAGAAAAAUAAUAUUAUAGGUAUUAUUUGUUAGUGUUUCAAAAGGUACUAUUUGUUAACUUAUAUUUUUGUAGUUGUUAGUAUAUUUAAGAGUCAUUAGAUUUGGUAAUCAUAGUUGGAUUAAAUAUGAUUGAUCUUGUUUAAUAUAGUAUUCUCGUAUAGUUUAAGAAGUCGUUACAUAUUAUUUUGAUUUUUUCAUCACAAUAAUCGUGAUCCCACUAUAUUAGGGUUUUAAUUUUGUUAUGGUAACAG